UGCGAUAAAGAAGAAGCAUCUUCUUCGAUCAAAGAAGCCAUUUUUAUCUCUCUCUCAUAGCAAUUCUCAUCCUCGUUUCUUUUCCUUUUACUUUUCUGCGAUGGUGAACAUCACCUACGAUGCGUCAGGAACCAUCACUGCUACGGAUGCAAAUGGAAUCGUGUCGGUGUACAACAAUGGUGAUUUCACAUGGACGCUCACCUGCACUGCGCUUGUCUGGCUUAUGAUCCCCGAUCUGGGGUACAUGUAUUCUAGAUUACUCAGACGGAAGAACGCGCUCAGCCAGAUAUACCUAAAUCUUGUUUGCCUCACUGUUGUGUCCUUCCAAUGGCUUUUCUGGGGCUACUCCCUCGCCUUUAGCGAAACCAGGGACAGUGGGGGGAUUUCAGGGAUACAAUGCGUUUCUCCUUGGAUGUGUAUCCGAAGGAUACCGUCGUAUUGAGGCUCAUAUGGGAAACCACCAAUUCCCAUGGGAUAAUUGGCGGGAGAUGUGCUCUACGACUCCGGUAGAUUAUGAUGGGCAUCAUUUCGAUCAUCCGGAUAGUUGUGAAUUGUGGAUCGUCACUCGUGCAUGGGGUGUCUGGUUCUUCAACGAUGAGAGUUGCUGAUCCACCCUGCUUUGUAUGUAUCAUCCUUAUCUGACCGUGUUGUAGCCAACAAUAUUCAUUGCGGC